UCACUGCAAAAUUCAAAUUCAAUUGCAAUGGUGACACUUUCAUGGAGACACCAUACAUUAAUUCAAGCUCUUCUCUCUAAAGGCCCACUUAAAGAUAAAGAUUUUCAAUCUCUUUUCAACAAAAUCACUGGCAAAUCCACAGGUAAUCAUCAGUCACUAUUGAAUGAAUACCUGAGAAAGAUAAACGAGGAGCUCGCUUUUGUGCAGCUUGAGCUACGGGCAUGUAGAAACCAGUAUGAUGGAAAUGUGCACUAUGGUGUUGUCAACAAUGUAUCAGAUGAGCAAUCCAAACUUGGAACUAAAUAUUCAGUUCCUCAGAUUGCUUUCUAUAAAGGCAUUAUUGAAGCAAUUGUUCAAGAUGCGGCAGCUCAAGGCUUUAUUUCGACUAUUGAUGCACUGAACAUACGGCUCGAAAAUCAGUUUCUAGCUGGAACAGAAUCCCAAUCUCAGGCAGGUUCAACGCAUAUUCCUGCAGCAUUUAGGAAUUUCUCGAUGUCUCAAAAGGAAAAGACCCUUGAGGAACUUGAGAGGGACCGCUGGCUUUCUCUAACAGAUGGUAAAAUAGGGUUAGGAGUGCGUUCAUUUCUUGAUCUUAGAAGUUGGUUUCGCAGUAACGAGAUUCCUCCAUGUGAAGUUUGCAAUGAAGCUGCAGUGAAGGCUGAGCUUUGCCAAAACGAAGGCUGUAAUGUUCGUAUCCAUAUGUACUGUCUGAGGAUGAAGUUCUCCAAAAGCAGGGCUGAAAAAGUUUGUCCUGGGUGUGGGACAGCGUGGCAUUAUAACAUUGCAAAAGUAGAAGCUCUGGAUGAAGACGAGGAUGCAUCUGUUCCUCCUGAGAGUCAGCAGCCGCGUGAACCCUCAACAAGAAAAAGGCCGAGGACCCGUGCAGGUAUUGAUUCUGAUACUCUCGAGCCUGAAUCAUCUCCCUCAACAAGAAAAAGGCCGAGGACCCGUGCAGGUAUUGAUUCUGAUACUCUCGAGCCUGAAUCAUCUCAAAGUACGAGGGUGACUCGACGUUCUGUCCGUCUGAAGAGUUCAGGUUAACAAAUCUAGUUUGCUAGUUUUGGUGCUCAUGUACAUCUGAGUAUAUGGAAAUGGAUAUAUUUUUGCACCCUAUGAAGGUUUACUUAUUUGGUAAACCAAAUUCUAAUAUAUGACUGUAGAUUAUAGGAGUAUCCAGAUUAGUAUCUUAAUCAUGGGCGCGUUAUUUGCUUACCUCCAUUAGUUUUUAAGGAAUUCAAUGCCGAUAUUGAUGGAGAUCAAAUGGUUGUUCAUGUACCUAUAUCCUCGGUGGCUCAAGUACAUGCCCGUUUACUUAUAUUUUCUCAUAUGAAUCUUGUCUCUGGUCGUUGGGGAUCCCAUUUUCAUACAAAUGCAAUAUAUGCUUAUUGGCCUCUA